AUGUCUUAUUCCGGUGUUAGAGAAGAAAGUACUGAACCGUCUCCUUCCAAAAAUCGCAAAAGAGGUUCAUCAUACGAAGCGGGCUCCGGAGACAAUGAUGGUCCUAACGAAUCAUGCCAAAUUAUGGUUGAUAAUUCCGACAAUAUACUCAAAGUCCUAAAAAAAUUAUAUUCUGGAAAAGAAAUGUGUGAUGUCUUCCUUUUAGUCGGCAGUAAAGAAUAUGGUGCACAUAAGAUUAUUUUAUGUGCUUCUAGUGAUGUCUUUCAGGUUAUGCUUAUGAGGCCGGAAUGGUCAGAAUGGCAUGAAAGUAGAGUAGAAUUGCAGGAAAUGGCAAUAUGUGAACCAGUUUUUCCUGUGUUUCUAGAAUAUUUUUAUACUGGAAAAAUUAUGAUCACCCACACAAAUGUUAUGCCAAUUUUAGCUCUAGCUGAUAAAUAUAUUGUUAAGAGUUUAACAAGGAUAUGCUUAUCUUACAUGUGCAAACAUGUUCCACACGCCGCUCACCACAAUCAACUUUUCUCCUGGCUACAGUACAGCACGGCUUGUUGCCAUACCAAAGUAUUCGAAACCUGUCAAAACUACAUCAAAUGGAACUUCGAAUCGGUAGCAAACACGCCGGAUUUUAGCAACUUCGACGUAGAUAUGUUCAUUAAGAUCUUAGAACAAAACGAUAUCGUAGUUCACAAUGAAAUGGUUCUUUAUAAUUGUGUAGUGCGAUGGCUUGAUUUACAACGUAUAAAAUUGUGUCAACAGAACGUUUUUUCUAAAAAUCUAGAUGAGGAUUUCAGGUGUUUGGUAGAAAAAAUUAUGAGGUUUAUUAGGUUUCCUAUGAUGACUCCUCGAGAACUUGCGGAUCUACUUUUAUCUUCAAUUAUUAAACAACAUAAAGAAUUUUUUGUCGAUAGAAUGGCUAUUGGUAUGAAGUACCAUUCUGGGUACAUUGAUCAGAUUUUACCUUACUACAAUUCAGGAGAAGGACAAUUAUUAUUCACACCUCGUUUAUAUACUUCCGACAGCUGUAGCGCUUUGUUAACAAUAGAAAAUUUCUUCAGCAUUCCUAGUUACCACACCAGUACUUUCGUUUUUUCCUCUUACUUGUCAGCUGCAGAGCACGAAUCGCAUAAAAUCAACGAAUGGAUAGUUGAUCUGUAUCCGAAAGGUGUCUGGUUUAAAAAAUGUUUUCUCAUAGUUUGGCAAGGUACUUUAGAAGUUCCCGAAGAAAUACUACCAACCGUCAGGCUAUCGCUUACUUGUCGAGAACUUUGCGAAUCAAAUAUGCGCGUUAAGAUUUCAGUACUCAUAUAUGGAUUGCAAGGUGGAGUUGAACAUGUGAUGGAAGUUAGAGAGACGGUUCAUCAUUUCAGCGCUCACGAAAGAACCGUUAACUUGGACAAUCUGAUUCCAUUCGAGGAACUUAACAGACCUGCUACUUCCCAAGAACCAAAUGAGACGUUGUUCCUUGUAGGACCGAAUAGGGAUCAGCUAAAGCUGAAUUUGGUGAUUGCUCCGAUUAGGUAG